AUAACUAAUUUAGAUUUGCAUUUACAUCGAUUAAUAUUCAAGUAAAGAUUACUCUUCUUGCAUUCUUAGAUGCAAAUCGUCUUACGGGGGCCCUGGGCCCCCCAAGGUCCAGGGCUGGCCCUGCAUUAGCGAGUACUAUCCAGUCUUAAAAUCCCGAACCGUGUAAUGACAACGUUUAUUUCACGUAUAUAAGUUUAUCACAUUCAGCGGGAUUUAUUUCUUAGAUGAAAACAACAUUAUCUUGCCAUGCAGUAUAAGAAAUAUAUCAAAACAAGGAAACGAAAAUAAGUUUGCAAUGUUUUUCAAUACAUUAACAAAAAUAUAAUUACAUACAUAAUUAAAUCUAUUAAAAACAAAAAAAAAGUACUUACCUUGCACUCUGAGAUGCUUUGAAAUUUCCUUCCACGCUAUAUCCUUCUUUUGAUUGUCACUGUACCACUUAUUACUUGGAUCAUAGAGAAACUUAUAUUCUCUAACUAAAUCAAUUAAUUUUAAAUUAUCCAUUGUUUCUAUAAAAACUUUUGCCGCACGAUUAUUUCAAGAACCCGUGUCUGUACGAUCUAAAAUCAGUAUUCACACUGACCGUGCAAACGGGAACAAACAAGCACAGACACGUACCAGCACAGACAAAAUAUUUUACGUAAGAAUAUUGUCGUAUUGGUACGGGGCGUGUCUGUUGUCGUCGUCGUCGUCUGUGCAGCUACGUUACGUUAAAUAUGGAGCUCUCUUAUUAGAUAACGUUGCGAGGAAUAAAUGUCAUGUCUGCUACGCUACGCGUCUGACACGUUCAAUGUCUGUAAAUGUAAACCAGAAAUGGCCAAGUUCCUUUCGGGCUUCCCUCUCACCCGUCUCCCCUCAUGGAUUGUAUUCUGCGUACGUCAAGCUUGUUGGCAAUUGUCGAUAAGUACUAUUUCUUAAAAAACAGCCACAGUUCAACUUAUAACUUGUAUAAAAUUAGAUGAAAGUUUAACACGCCUGCGCCACAUCGAUCCGCACCUGGAGGGUUUCUCUCUUCCGGCUGUAACGACACCGCAGAAACCUAAGUUCAAUGAAUCGAGCUUGUUUGUAAUAUGGAAAAGCGUUUUCUCGACUACGAUCAUCGGUGCGGAUUGAAGAAAGGUACCUUGUAUAGACGAGAGAAGGAUGCGUUGUUCUGGUCGAAAGUUGCUGAUCUGGUCGAGCCUAACCUUCCUUCUGAUUUUCGUUGGCCGUCUAUUGGUCAAUCGCAUAUUUUACUUACCUAUUUUGAUGAUCGGUAACGGCGAAAUUUUAAUAUCGAACAGUCAUCCGAAUUCUGAACGCGAUACACGGUAUGGAAGACCGACGUUCGUAGCAGGGACAUAUAUGGCGAGUCAACGACCUAGGAACGAUAGUUAUUGUAGAUGGUACCACGGUCUACCACGUGUUCUUUCGUAUCCGGGAUCCUCAGUCAUCUGGAGGCCGGAAAUCGGUGAGAAGAGCCCCUACAGAAUCCUACCAUUUGUAUUACGCGGCACCGAGGAGAGAAAGAAAUUGCCCGAGGUGACCCUUUGUACUCACGCCACCGCUGAUCAGGUUUAUGGAAUCGUCGAGUUGGCCAGGAGAUGGGAGGGACCAUUAAGUUUGGCAAUUUUCACACCUGGUCUCGACGCUGGUAUCGCCAUUACUCUCCUAGAUCGGGCCUGUCGAUGCGAACCCGAAAUGUACAAGGUCUCCAUUCAUUUGGUAUUUCCGCCGGACAGUCCACCUCUUUUGGGAGAAACUACUCGAAAUCACGGUGAUUGUACCGCGUCUGAUCUCCAAAAAGGCGAAAGAGAAACGGAAAGAAACCAAAAACGCAUGACCUAUCCCAUUAAUGUGGCCAGAAAUGUGGCUAGAAUGCAAGCAAAUACUACUCGUGUUCUAGUAUCAGAUAUUGAAUUGCUUCCCAGUGAGAAAUUAGCUUCUGGUUUCAUGAAACUCGUCCGUAGAAGAGUACCAAAAACUGGCAUCGUUUUUGUAGUACCUGUUUUUGAGAUAGAAUCUAAUCAGAAGCCACCUUCAACAAAAAAGGAAUUGCUUUUAGCAAUAGAAGCUGGUAGAGCUGUAUAUUUUCAUAGGUUUCUUUGUUCACAUUGCCAAAAGUUUCCUGGUCUUACCAGGUGGUUACUCAGACCUGACCCAGGCAAAGUUAGACCACUUAUCGUUACAAAAAGAGAAUAUCCGCAUAAUAGAUGGGAACCUGUUUUUAUUGGAACACGUAAUGAUCCACUUUACAUGGAAGAAAUGUCUUGGGAAGGCAGACAAGAUAAAAUGACUCAGAUGUUUGAGAUGUGUCUUCUAAACUAUCGAUUAGUUAUACUUGAUGGUGCCUUUUUAGUCCAUACACCAGGUAUUAAACGAAAAACAAAAAGAAUUAAUAUGGCAAAACGAGAAUUUUUGAGAGUUCAAGAAAGAAAAAAUGCUGCAAUAUAUCAACGAGUAAUUAAAAACUUGUUAAAACAAUAUCCUAUUAAUCAUAAGUGUUCAUAAUAAUAUUUAUUACCAAUAAAAGGCAGUGCCUAAACAACUGUCUUUAAUAUAUAA